AUGGAGCGGAUCGCCAUUGACCUUACCGGACGCCUGCCCCGAACCAAGGCCAGAAACACCAGCAUAAUGGUAGUGGCGGACCAUUUCACAAAGUGGGUGGAGGCGUUUCCCCUUCCGGAUCAGACGGCCGAGACUGUGGCCAAGAGGAGCAGUCCGACGGCAUGGUCGAACGUCCACCCCCAGUCCGACAGCAUGGUUGAACGGUUCAAUCGUACCGUGAAGACCAUGCUGAGCAUGUUUGUGGAUGAGAACCAGGACGACUGGGACGAACAUCUUCCCUACGUUCUGAUGGCCUACUGCUCCUCCCAGCACGAUAGCACCAGGCUCACCCCGAACAUGCUCAUGCUCGGGAGGGAGUUUGCCUGGCGGCACCUGAGGCGGACUCAGAGCUACCAGAAGCAGCAGUACGACCGUCGCGCCCAGGAGGGCGGGUUCGAGCCCGGCCAGGCUGUUUGGCUGUUCACCCCAAAGAAGAAGGUCGGCCACUCCCCCAAGCUGCAGCCGUGGUGGGACAGAUCCUUCGCGGUGCUACAACGCCUCAACGACGUGACCUACAAAGUGCAGCGUAGCGUCCGAGCGAAGGCUCAGAUCGUGCAUCUCAAUCGGCUCAAGCGCUACCUGGGCGACGUGCAGCUUGGAUGGUGGGAGCGCACAGCCCGCGGAGCGUUGGCCGAGUCCUCGGAGGAGGCAGUGUAG